CCAAAUUUGCGUUUCAUCACGUGCCCGGUUAGUGCGGCCAACUCGCUUAGCCCUAGUCCCACAACCACAAUUUGGUCUACGGACAUCUUCAAUUCUCAACGCCGACAACCCAGCAUACACAACAAAGCCGCCACCAUGUCGUCCAAGGUCAAGGCUGGUCAGCUCUGGGGGAAGAACAAGGAUGAGCUCUCCAAGCAGCUCGAGGAGUUGAAGACCGAGCUUAACCAGCUCCGCGUCCAGAAGAUCGCCAGCGGUGCUUCCACCAAGACUCAGAGAAUCCACGACGUUCGCAAGUCGAUCGCCCGUGUUCUCACCGUCAUCAACGCCAACCAGCGCGCCCAGCUGCGUCUGUUCUACAAGAACAAGAAGUACCUUCCCCUCGACCUCCGUCCCAAGCUCACCCGUGAGCUGCGUCGCCGUCUCACCAAGUACGAGGCUACCCGUACCACUGAGCGCCAGCGCAAGCGCCAGAUCCACUUCCCUCAGCGGAAGUACGCUGUUAAGGUAUGA